CCGAUUGGCCGGGGCGGGCCGAGGGAACGGGGCGGGGCUUGAUUCCGCAGGCGCCGGCCACGUUGGACGCGAGGCAGCCCCGCUGAAAGGCCACUCCUGGGCCCCACAAUGCACUGCGUGGCGCGUCACUCGGAGCGGCGGGUCGCGGCUCGGCAGGUCUUCUCUGUCUGUUGAAAUGUCUUUGAUUUUAUCUGCCUCAGUCAUUCGCGUCAGAGAUGGACUGCCACUUUCUGCUUCUACUGAUUAUGAACAAAGCACCGGAAUGCAGGAGUGCAGAAAGUAUUUUAAAAUGCUCUCAAGGAAACUUGCUCAACUUCCUGAUAGAUGUACACUGAAAACUGGACAUUAUAACAUUAAUUUUAUUAGUUCUCUGGGAGUGAGCUACAUGAUGUUGUGCACUGAAAAUUACCCAAAUGUUCUCGCCUUCUCUUUCCUGGAUGAGCUUCAGAAGGAGUUCAUUACUACCUAUAAUAUGAUGAAGACAAAUACUGCUGUCAGACCGUACUGUUUCAUUGAAUUUGAUAACUUCAUUCAGAGGACCAAGCAGCGAUAUAAUAGUCCCAGGUCUCUUUCAACUAAAAUAAAUCUGUCUGACAUGCAGACGGAAAUCAAGCUGAGGCCCCCUUAUCAGAUUUCCAUGUGUGAACUGGGGUCAGCCAACGGAGUCACAUCUGCAUUUUCUGUUGACUGUAAAGGUGCUGGUAAGAUUUCUUCUGCUCACCAGCGACUGGAACCAGCCACUCUGUCAGGGAUUGUGGCAUUUAUCCUUAGUCUUUUAUGUGGAGCUCUGAAUUUAAUUCGAGGCUUUCAUGCUAUAGAAAGUCUCCUACAGAGUGAUGGUGAGGAUUUUAAUUACAUCAUUGCAUUUUUCCUUGGAACAGCAGCCUGCCUUUACCAGUGUUAUCUACUUGUGUACUACACCAGCUGGCGGAACGUCAAGUCGUUUCUGACUUUCGGGUUGAUCUGUCUGUGCAACAUGUAUCUGUAUGAACUGCGCAACCUCUGGCAGCUUUUCUUUCACGUGACGGUGGGAGCAUUUGUUACCCUGCAGAUCUGGCUCAGGCAAGCCCAGGGCAAGGCUCCGGACUACGACGUCUGAGCGCUGCCUUCAGACCUGCUGCCUUGGCUCCCGGGGAGAGGAGCAAGCACCUCCCGCCUGCCACUGUGACGGAGAAGCUGUUCACUGCGAAGGAGACGCCCUGCUCCGUUUCUCGCCUACUCUCCACUUCUUCAGUUAGCAUGGCAUGCUGUGAGCGUGCAAGACCUGCCGGGAAAGCUCCCCCGGCCCCCGAGGAUCCCUGGCCGUGAGGCGGAGGCCUGUCUCUGCAGACGGGAACAGGAAGCACAGUCAGAUGCCACCUGAAUCCUUGCUGAAGCAUUCAUGCAAAAACAAACAAACAAAAAAACAAAACACGGGUGUGGAACCUGCCCUGAGGACUGAGCCCGCGUGCCACAACCUGAGUUUGCCUUUGUGAGGCAUUAGUACAGACUGAGUAGAAAGACGCUGCAGAAAUUGGGACGUUUAUGUUUUCAACAGAUGACUCUGCUAAAUAUCAGAUUAUUUGCACACAUAACGGUACCAAGAGCUUGUAAAGUCCAGGAUGGUAUGGAAUCGGCUCUUUUACUUUUAUAUUUUUGCUUGAAUCUUGUCUAAGAGGAGGCUGUGGUGAGCUCAUCCCUGCAACAUCACAAAUAUUGCAAAUACAGUGACAUGUUUCCUUCUA